CUUACUUUUUUAGAGACCGUAUAAUGAUGUAAAAUUUAUUAAUUCCGCUCAUUUAUUUAUCCGUUUUGUGCUAAUCCAUAUGUCCAUAUAGAUCUAUGGAAACUUUGUAUAGUUUGUGUCUAUGGAUUGUAAAAAAACAAAAGAAAAUCUGGGGUUAAGUUUACAUAAUAACAAUCAUUUUUUAACAUAAACAUCAACUGUUUAAAAUGUCAGAGAUGGAAUUAUUAAAUAUGUCGACGAAUACGCAAGAAAACUCGCCAAAAAUCUCAAACACAGGCAAAAUUCUGUUGGGCUUCACCGGCGGCGUUGCUUUGGGUUUGACGGCAAUUUGUGCCCCAUUUGUGACGCCAGCUCUAAGAAAGUUCUGCCUUCCCUAUAUUCCAGCUACCAAUCAGCAAAUGAGCAACAUUUUAAAGGCCUUGGAAGGCAGGAGAGGUUUGUUGUUGGAUAUUGGAAGCGGGGACGGAAGAAUCGUUUUAGAAACGGCAGGAAAGAAUUUUGUUUCUCACGGCGUCGAACUUAAUCCCUGGCUGGUUCUUUGGUCCAAGUUCAGUGCUGCCAGAAAAGGUAUAAGGAAUGCGAAAUUUUUUCGAAAAGAUUUGUGGAAGUAUGACUUGGGAAAAUACGACAACGUAGUUAUUUUCGGCGUGGAACAAAUGAUGGCGGAUUUAGAGAAAAAGUUUGAAAUCGAGUGUAAAAGUGAUUGUAACAUAAUUGUCUGUAGAUUUCCGUUACCGAAUAAGACACCAAUAAAAACAAUUGGUUCCGGUAUCGACACCGUUUGGAUUUAUAAUAUGGGAAGCAGAUGACAAUCACAGACUUCUCCAUUCGAGAUUUUUCUUCAAUAUUCCGCAGUUAUUUAUUGUGCCAUGUUAAUUUUAUUUAUUAAAUAAAUUCUAGUCUGGU